UAAAACAUAUUUUGCCUUAUCAUUCCCAACUGUAUAGAUUAAUGUGUGAAGAAAGAAAUGCGCAGUGGAAAAUUGUGCUCUAUAACUCUGGCUAUAAACAAGGGCCAAAUUUCCCCAAUUCCCAAAAUGUUUUCCACCAUGAAUUUCCCCAAUUACAUAAUCCUAAUUUUCAUCCUCCAUUACUUUCCAUUUCUCCAAUAUCUCCCCCAUUCUCAAGGCCUCCAUUUUAAUAACAUCACUGAUCAGGAAGCUCUCAUUUCAUUCAAAUUCUCAACUUCUGACCCACAUGGCGCCUUGAGUUCUUGGCUUCCAAACACUUCUUUCUGCUUCUGGCAUGGCGUUCUCUGCAACCCAAUUAAGCGCCGAGUAACCGGUCUCCAACUCGGGAGUCACUCACUCGCGGGACCCAUUUCCCCCCACCUCACCAACCUCUCCUUCCUCCGCCACCUCGACCUGCAAAGCAAUAACUUCUCCGGCACAAUUCCGAUGAAGAUUCAUCGUAUUUUCCGCUUACGAUUUUUGGACUUGAGUUCCAACAGUCUUCACGGAGCCAUUCCCCAAUCUUUGAGCCGCUGUUCUCAGCUUCGAACCAUUAAUUUGUAUGAUAACAAACUUCAUGGUACCAUUCCUUCUGAAUUGGGUACCUUAUCAGAGCUUCAAAAUUUGAAUCUUGGCCAGAAUAACCUCUCUGGACCCAUCCCUUCUUCAUUUGGUAAUCUUUCUUCCCUCGAGCAGUUGAAUUUAAUUACCAAUAAUUUAGAGGGUCCAAUCCCGCUUGAAUUAGCCCGUCUCAAUCGGCUCUGGUAUUUGCAGUUAGGAGACAACAAAAUCUCAGGCAGUUUUCCCACCCACCUCAUGAAUAUUUCUUCCUUGAAUUCGUUUUCUUUGACCAAGAAUCAGAUUUCUGGUAAAUUUCCAUCUAAUUUGUUCACUGUACUGAGUAAUCUCUCCAUUGCGUUUUUUGGAGGAAAUCAGUUCACCGGCUCAAUCCCAGAAUCUCUUUCAAAUGCCUCCACCGUCGAAAAACUUGACCUCUCAACUAACCAAUUUUCUGGAGAAAUUCCUUCACUUUGGAAGCUACAAAUGAUCCAAUAUCUGAACCUUGAGAUCAAUUAUCUAACAAGUGAAGGAAAGGAAGGCCUUAACUUCAUCACUUCACUUACCAAUUAACUCACCUGAAAGUGUUGUCUGUGGCC